GAUGGUCAGUUUCCUUUCGUUGUUCACUUUUUGCAUAACAAAAACUGAUUUGAAAAAGUUAUUUAUUAAUAAUGUCGAAAGCCGCAGGUAAACUUAAAAUUUUAAAGAAAACAGCCGAUAAAAUUACACACACAACCAAAUUAAAAACUAACAUACCUGCUGGUAUGGCAGCUGCUGGUCCCCCGCUAGGUCCAAUGCUUGGUCAGCGUGCUAUCAAUAUUGCUGCAUUCUGCAAAGAUUUUAACACACGGACAGCAGAAAUAAAAGAAGGCAUUCCACUCCCAUGUCGUAUUUCAGUUAACAGCGAUCGCAGCUACAACUUGGUUAUACACUCUCCACCUGCUACCUUUUUGCUGAAACAAGCUGCAGGCAUUCCUCGCGGUGCUAUGCAACCAGGCCGGGAAAUCGCCGGUAUGAUCACUUUGAAGCAUUUAUACGAAAUUGCCGCAAUUAAAAUACAAGACCCACCUAAUACCUUAUUAACAAUGCAGCAAAUGUGUGAAAUGCUUGUAGGUAUUGCACGCACCUGCGGAAUAAAAAUUGUACGAGAACUGAAUCCAGAAGAAUAUGCUAAAUUCUUGGAAGAUCGACAAACUAUUGUUGCAGAACAAAAACGUGAAUUACAAGAAAAACGUGAAGCAAAGAUGUUGAGGACAGGUUAAGUUUUGAUUUACGUUUAUUUAAUAAAUACUUUCUAUAUGAAAAAAAAUAAAAAUAAUGCUAUGCAA